AUGCCUGCGCUUCGAUUCCAAGGGCCUUUGUACAAGGCAGGGACAUCUGUCGAUGCCCUUAAGAAGCGAUUGGAUUCAUUCCACAAAGAGCUGGCGGCAUUGGAUCAAGGGGCCAUUGAUACGUCGCUGCUGGAUGACUACUGUGCCGAGCUCAUCAAGCCUUCGCUGAUGCGCCAUAAAGACCGCAGUGUCCAGGUUUUGGUCGGCUGUAUACUUUCGGACAUUUUGCGUUUGUAUGCGCCGAAUGCGCCUUUCACCUCGACUGAAAUCAAAUCCCUUUUCCGGUUCUUGCUGCAGCAGCUAGUCUCGCCCAAAGCGGGAUUGGCACAUCCAGAGAACAGUGUAUAUAAGGACACUGUGUACAUCUUGGAUAGUCUGAGCACAGUGAAAAGUGUCGUACUGAUUUGCGACUUGCCUUCCGCGCAUGACUUGCUGACGGAGUACUUUCAAAAGCUAUGGACGCUGACUAGUGCGCCGCUGGCCAAGAAUGUCGAGCUCGCGCUUGCUGAUAUCUUGACGCAGCUCAUUGAAGAAUGUGUAUCUGUCCCCCCUGCGGUGGUGGAAGUACUUAUGACGGCCUUUACCGACGAGAGUGCUGCCUCUGUGAUGAUGGCGACAAGUGUGUGCCGUGCGACGCAGGAUCGUCUGCAAAAGUAUGUGGCGCGGUACUUUGCCGAGGCGAUGCAGGACCCAGUGUACGAGGAUGACGACGAGAAAAUGGAUGCGCUGACGUCCAUUCAUGCACAGAUCCAGCCCUUGGCUCUGGCUGUGCCUUCGUUGCUGACGAGUGUUGUGCCGCAGUUGGAGGCCGAGCUCGUGUCGGACGAUGUGGAUAUUCGCACGCUGGCCAUGCAGGUCCUAGGCGCCCUCUUCCGCGCGCCAGGGAAUGACAAGGAAUCAUUUGCGCGGCUGUACCCGAGCGCCUGGAAAGCGUGGCUGGGCCGGGCGAUCGAUAAGCAUGUGCCGAUCCGCAUGCAAUGGACGAACGAUGCCCUUGCCUUGAUGUCGACGCACCCUGCGCUUACCUCGGCGAUGAUGCCCAUGCUGCAAGGCCGCGCUGUCGACCCGGAUGAACGUGUACGGGGCAUGUUGGCUGAUGGCAUCUUGAAGAUGGACUACGAGACACUACGCCAUUCUAUGCCUACGUCUCUUCUACGGGAGCUGGCGCAGCGUGGGAAAGACCGACGUACGUCGGUGCGUGACGCUGCGUUGGCCGCGCUUGGUCGUGCGUUUGCGAUGUCGUUGACCGAGCCGGAGGCACAAGCGCGUGAGCAUUUCGCAUGGAUCCCCGGGGCGAUACUAAAUUGCCAUUUGGCCGGCUCGUUGGACGUAAUGUACAGCGUCCUUCAGGUGUGGGAGACGUACAUCCUUCCUACGCAGCCCCUGGACAGCUACGUGGAGCGGCUGAGGCAGGUAUAUGACCACCUCAGCGACGCAGAGCGUGCGAUCUUUUUGUACCUGAGCAACCUACGUCUGCCUCGCCCGACGCCCAUGGCCAUGUAUGUGAGUAUGUGCCGUGGCGACGUGGUCGACGAUGGCGCAGGGUGCCUGCAGGCGCUUGCCGCGCAUCUGCACGAUACCGCCCUGCUCCCGAUCUUAGAGGCAUUCCAGCGUGAACCGAUGGACACGGUGCUUGGGGCCAUGGAGACAUGUAUCGCCUUCGAUGCGACGUGGGACGAGCAGCGUGAGGCCCGUCGUACGGCGCAUGCCUACCUCACAGAGCACGCACCGACAUGGGCGACGCCGUUGACGAUGUGUAUGUGGACGGGCAGUUUGCCAUGGAUCGGCCCAGCAUGUGUACGUCCGCUCCUGGAUGCCUCUGCGACAUUGUUGCUCGCAUGCAUGGCGGAGUAUGCGCCAUGGCUCUUUGCACCGCAUGCACAGACGCUGGUGGACCGUGUACUUGCGGGCGACACGACGGCGCUACCGCCCUUGGCGGCCCUCGCUGUGAAGCAGGCUGACGAGGUGCCUACGACGCCCGCGCUGGUAGACCGUCUGAAAGACGACGCGGUGCGCAGCGAAGCUGCGGCCCAGGCGUUGGCCGGCCUCGCGCCUGAGGAGGCCGCGGCGUUGGUGGCUGCAUGGACGCCUCGCUCCUCGUCGGAGGACGAGGAGGCCAGUGCAUCGCUGCAAGCGCUGGCCGCUCUCUUGCAGUACACACCGACUACGAUACCCAUGAACGCUGAGCGCUUGGCCGAUCAAUUGGUGCCUACCAUCCUUCUGGCCACAUGGCCGCACGACGCCGUUUUGGACGAAGUUGCCUGGCUUGAGCCUAGCGAGGACGUCCCUGCGCUGGCAUGCCGCCUCGCCGCGAUGCGUGUCUUGACGCAAUGGUGCCUCCGACAAGCCGAUGAGGCGAUAGCGCCGCCGAUCUUCAAGUGGCUAUGGAUCCUCUUGCACACGGGCGAAGCCGAUGCGUCGCACCACAUUCCCCGAGGCGCUCGAGCGCGUCUUCGGGCGUACGCAGCCGAGUGCCUUUUGGACUUGGCACAGUGUGACGUGUACGUACCGCACCUCGUCGCGCGUAUGAGCCGAUUGGCGUAUGCACUGCAAGACGAGUGUUAUCAGGUCCGGAAGUCGGUCUUGCACACCCUGUUGGUACGUGUAGCGCAAGACCGACUUCCGCCAAGUUUCCAUGCGGUGCUGUUCAUGGUCGCACUGGAUCCUGAGGCGGAUCUUCCGGCCAGCGUGCAAGCGUAUACACGCCGUGUGCAUACGUACCCAGACGACGUCGUGCAGGAGCGGCUGCAUACGCCGAUGCUGCGGUUCCUGCACAUACUCUCGCACCAUCCCGAUUUAGCGCUGGAUCGCGUCGAGAGCUUGGCUCUGUUUACCAAGUACCUUGACUUUUAUGUCGCGCAGGUAGCGACGGCGUCCUCGAUCAGUACGUUGAUUCACUAUGCUGCGAGUCUUCGGCAACGCUGGGACGCCACUGCGUCUACGCCCAGUGCCAUGACCAGUCGAUCAUUGCAUGCCAUGGCCGAAUUGAUGGUGCAUCUACUUCAUCGUACAGCAGACACGCAUCGAUGGACCGUCUCUGCGAUGCCCACCGAGCCUGUGCCGUGCCCUGCGGACAUUUUGAUACCCUCCGGGCAGCUGGCGCAGCCGGUCCUCCCACCGGAUGUGCUGACGCAGGCCACGGCGUCGUCCAAGCGGGGCGCGCGUGAGAAAAAGGCACGUCGUGGGUAG